GAUAAGAUUUUUGUUUCAUUAUCAAUAAAGAAUAGGAUUACAAUGCAUUUACACUUCUUUUAAAUUGCUUACAGAAAAAGAGAACCUCACUAUAAACUCCCACUCGAUAUUUUAGGGUUUGCACCAAUACUCCUACCAGUGGUUAAGCCAAUCAGUUUGGUCCGAUCCGGUCUAGGUCCUUCUGAUUCUGAGAGAAUCUGAAAUUUCUGAAAUCUUGCUGUUUCGACAAUAAAAUUCUCAACGUAAAAGAGAGGAACCAUUGGAUUUCACGACAUUUCCUGCUUGUAAUAUAUGGUUGCGGCUUCCUGCUCUUGAAGUCUCGAUCACUCCUUCCCUCCCUCCAUGAUCUCAUUGAGAACAAGAACUGUCGAUCAGAUCAGAUCAGUCACAUACCACACUUUUCGUCCAAACAGACACGAAAACAAAAGUCGCCAUGGAUUGCCUCGCAAAGCCUCUCCAAAACCUCGCAGGCCUAUUCCUUUUGUCAGCGAUCUCAAGGAAGUCGAAGAUGCACAUGAUGCGCUAACCCUCUUCCAUGAAUACCAGCAAAUGGGAUUCAAACACGAUUAUCCCUCCUACUCUGCUCUCAUCUACAAACUUGCUCGUCGUCACGAUUUCAAAGCAGUGGAGACUCUCCUUGAUUACAUCAGAGACUACAAUAUACGGUGCCACGAGACCCUCUUCAUCGCUCUAUUCCAACAUUACGGAAAAUCCAAUUUAUCUGAGAGGGCCAUCAACCUCUUCCACAGAAUCCCUUCUUUCAAUUGCGCUCGUUCAUUACAGUCCUUCAAUUUCCUCCUCAAUGUCCUGGUCGACAAUGGUCGGUUUGAUGAUGCAAAAGAGAUCUUUAACCGCUCAUCCAAGAUGGGUUUUCGGCGGAAUUCUGUUUCCUUCAACAUUAUCAUCAAAGCAUACCUUGAGAAAGGCGAGUGGGAACAAGCGUGCCAACUGUUUGAAGAUAUGCUCGAGAGGGGAGUCCAACCUACUGUAGUGACUUAUAAUAGCCUAAUUGGGUUUCUGUGUAAAACUGGUGAUACGGAGAAGGCCAAGGGUUUGCUCGAAGACAUGACCCGGAAAGGGAAACACCCAAAUGCGGUCACCUACGCUUUGGUGAUGGAGGGUUUGUGCUCUGUGGGGAAAUAUGACGCCGCACGAAAGGUGAUGUUUGAUAUGGAGUACAGAGGGUGCAAACCACGCCUUGUGAAUUUUGGGGUAUUGAUGACUGACCUUGGAAAGAGAGGGAAGAUUGAGGAAGCAAAAGCCUUACUCAUUGAGAUGAAGAAGAGGCGGUUUAAGCCAGAUGUGGUAACAUACAACAUCUUAAUAAAUUACUUGUGUAGGGAAGGAAACACAGCGGAGGCUUACAAAACCAUGGUUGAAAUGCAGAUCGGAGGUUGCGAACCUAAUUCUGCCACGUAUAGGAUGAUGAUUGAUGGGUUUUGCAAGGUUGGAGAAUUCGACAGAGCUUUGAGAGUUUUGAAUGCGAUGUUCACUGAUAGGCACUGCCCGCGCUUAGAGACAUUUUGUUGUUUGGUUAUUGGUCUCUGUGAGGGUGGAAGCUUGAGUGAUGCUUCCUUUGUUUUGGAGGAGAUGGAGAAGAGGAAGAUGAGGUUCCCUUCAAAUGCUUGGGUAACUUUAGUUAGGAGUUCUUGUGGUGCAGAUGGGGGUGACACUGAGCUCCUAGAGGAGCUCCUCCUUACAGCUGCAUAGUGGGGGUGGAAAAUGAAGGGUUAAUCUGUAAUCUACUGAAAUGUAUGCCACUGUCUUGGCCAGAGGUGGAAGAUCAAACCUCAUCUGUAACCCUUGCAACUUGCAAGUGUAGAUAUUUAUGGACCCUAAGCUUCAUUGAGUUAAAAAUGAAAAGAUGGUGAAACAACA